AUGGCGGCGGCACCAGCAAAGCCAGCUUCUAGCAAACAUUCUGUCCAUCCCUCAGAGGUGAAGAAGCACUCCCCAAGACACAAAGCACUUCAAUACUUAUCUUUAUCUCAUUCCACGUCAUGUAUAACUUACCAUGAGAUGAGAUCGGCCACUGUGAAUGGUGGCUUUGCUCGACCGGAACAUUCAUUGAGCUCCGUCGAUUCCUGCUUUCUUGGCUUGGCUUGUGUAUCGGCUUCAUUCGCCUUCUACAAGUACGGUGCAAUGAUUCGAGCACACUGUGUGUGGACUGUGAAGUCGGAGGCGGGUUUGAAAAGUAUGCGUGCCCGAGCCGUAGCACGUGAGGUUGUUGUGACCGAGAACACACUGAAGAGAAGACCUAGACAACUUACUUACAAUUUCCGACGAAGAUUUAUUCCCGUCGGUGUAGUCACUGAAAGUGUAGACUCCGCCUUGGGCAGACUAUGA